CUCGCUGUCAUGGCGGGCCAUUGCCAUGGCAUUGUUUGUUCCAUUUAACGAACAUGUGCAAAUGUCGAAAUGGACGAAUCAAAAAUUCUGCUACAUAGCAUUAGCUGCCACAGUUGCUUACCCUUUUUCGACACAUAAGUAAGACUCAAUUUUCGGACUCAAAAACGCGAUUAAAUUCAAGCAACAUUUUCUGCGAAUUUAAAAAUUAGAAGACAAAAUUAAUUUGUUCGCAAUGUUAAGACUGCCGGGAAUGCCCCUUCUUCCAGGUGCGCAGUUUCAUGACUACACGAAACGGCGUCAUCCGCGCCAGCAAACACUGAUGCACUACCAGGGUAUACACAUGCUUUCGGACCGUCGCGAACCGGAACUCGUCGACCCAAUGGGCAUGGUGGUGGAUCCCAAAUGCCCUCCCGUUCCCUCGCAGUUAAAUACGUUGUGGGCGCCCCGGGCCGUCUAUAAGCAGCCCCCCUGGCUGACCUACGACAAGCAAGUGCUCUGUUUCAAUGCCUACUUUAAAGAACAUCUGACGGAAGUUUUUCAUGCCGCCUAUCAAGUGCGCAAAGUAAAAAUCUACUUCUAUUUAGAGGAUGGCACUAUGCAAGUGACUGAGCCCAAAGUAGAAAACUCAGGAAUACCUCAAGGGUGUCUGGUGCAUCGCCAGCAUAUUCCUAAACCAGCUCCAAAUCAGUACGAGUUUAUUAAUGUGUUCGACCUGAAUGUAGAUGCGGUUGUGCAGAUUUUUGAUCGGGUCUACCAUAUAACUGGAUGCGAUACAUUUACACGGCAGUUUCUAAACCGUGCUGGGAUUGUUGUGCCUGAAGCACUUCAGGAGCCCAAUGAUCCCACCACCGAGUUACGCAAACGUUCCGGCUUGAAGCAGCUUCCAAAUGCAGGAGCACUACCAAAAAAGCAUUCUUUCGCCCAGUUCCUAGAAUUUGAUCGACGCGUGCUUAAAUUUCUCGGUUACUGGAAUGAUAACUCGGAAUAUGGAGAUGUACGGCGGUUAGAAAUCUGUUAUUAUUUAGCGGACGACACGAUUGAUAUCAAGGAGAAAUAUCCGCCGAACUCAGGCCGCGAGGGACCCAAUACCUUCCUUAAGCGCGACAAGUUGCCAAAAGAGUAUUCGGGGACGCCACUACCGGGCCAGCAGACAUCCAUUACGCUUCUCAAUGUUCUCGGCUCUAAUAUGCGCGACGUGCGUUACAUUACCGACCCAUUGAACGCAGGCCAAAAUCAGACCUUCUAUACUGAUGAGGAUCUGAGAAUUGGCGCUGUGCUGAAUGUGUUUGGUCGAUCCGUCGUGCUUACCAGUUGCGAUCAUUUCACCCAACAAUACUAUAAGGAGAAGUACGGCAUUCAGGAAUUCACAGCCCAGCCAAUUCCAGUGCGGGACGAUAUCCGAAACAACACUCGAGACCGUCGCCUACCACCAUACAAUGGCUGGGGAACAUACGAAGAUUCUGAGGGGAACUGCCUUUCUGUGGAACCCAAAGCCCCGCAGGCAAACUUCCAAAAAUUGCUGAAGUAUGAUGGCUGCAUCCUGCGCUUUGAAGCCAAGCUUUUAUCGGCAGUGCGCGAGAACUGCAAACGUAGUUUUGUUAUCAACUACUAUCUGGCUGAUGACACUCUACAGAUUUACGAGCAGGCACGUCGUAAUUCGGGCUUUGUGGGUGGUGAGUUCUUGAAACGAGCACGAGUUCCAUUGCCAGGCCAGCCCAAGUUCAGCUCAAGCCGACCCGAGUACUACAAAGCUCAUGACUUUUAUAUUGGCGCUACCCAUAGUUUGAAGGAUCAUAUCUUCCAUAUUAUAUCGGCUGACGAGUUCACACUUCUUUUCAUGGAGCAGCAUCCAGACGAGUUUCCGGUGAGCAACAUAAAAACCAUCAUGGACAAGAUUAGGAAGGCAGUGCGACCACACUACAAAGAAUUCGUGUUGCGCUGUCAGCCCGACGGCAAUUUGGACGAAAAUACCAACAUUAGCUAUGAUACGCUGCGCAGCAUGCUCCUCUGCUAUAUUCCCAAAGAAUCUUUACUCAAUCACGAGAUUGUAACAGUAUGUCGCUACUUCUCGGCAGAGCAAGCGCCACCACAAACUCAUGAUCGCAACACUGUGCGUGCAGCGGCGCACCUGGAACUGAAGCGAUCUCUUUGGGAAGGUGAACAAGAGUUAUUAGAGCAUUUAAGUCACAUUAAUCCAACAUGUCGAGCAUACAUAAGCGAAUCGCAGGUGCGAUCGACGUUGCGCGGAUGUCGCUUGCCAUUCACGAUUGAGCUGAUCGAAGACAUCUUAAAGGUGCUGCAGAGGAAUGAAUUAGGAGAGAUUGAGGUUCGUGAUGUGUUGGGAUUUUUCAGCUUGCAUAGCGAAGACCAAGUUCCCGAUAUCGUACCCGUCAAUAUCGCCUUCGAGUUGUGCCCCAAGCUUCCAUUUCUACACAAGGGACGCUUGGUAAAUUUUAACGCAUUUCUGCACAAUCUUGGCUUGGAAGAGGAGUUGCAACGGGCUAAUAACUAGAUUCCGAUGUAAAAUAUUCAGUUAUAAAAAUUGCAAGUUGUAUGUACAAAAAAUUCGUGGCAAUACAUUUUAAGGAAUGCUGAA